AUUAAUUUGGCAUCAUCAUCUCAUCAACAAACGUGUAAGUUGUGAGAAUUAAGGGUAUCAACACCCACCAAGAUGCUAAAAAGGGAAAUAGGAGACAAUGUUAGGGUUUUGAUGGUGAUCAACUUACUCUUUUUGUUGCUUCCUCACUUGUCACUUGUCUUUGGUAAUCUUGAAGGUGAUGCUUUGUAUGAAUUGAAGAAGGCACUUGAUGAUCCAAGGAAUGUUUUAGCUAGUUGGGAUCCAACCCUGGUUAGUCCCUGUAGCGGGGCUUGGUUUCAUAUUGACUGCGACGGUGAAGGUCAUGUGACCGCAAUUAAUCUUCAAAGGUCAGGCCUCUCGGGUCAUCUAGUUCCCGAUCUAGGGAGUCUUUCAAGUUUGGAGCGUUUGGUGCUUUCGGAAAAUAAUCUUAUGGGCACAAUUCCAUCUGAACUUGGUGGGUUAAAAAAAUUGGUCAGCUUAGAUCUCCACCAGAACCAAUUGACCGGUUCUAUCCCUAACAGCUUGGGCAAUCUGCAAAAUUUGAAGUUCCUCCGGCUAUCUAGUAAUAAAUUAAGCGGCACAAUUCCAGCAGAGCUCGGCCAUUUAUCAGCUUUGGCUCUAUUGGAGCUGUACUUGAACAAUUUAAGCGGCGCCAUCCCAGACAGUUUGGGCAGUCUCACAAAUUUGUUCACUCUGCAGCUGAACACCAAUAAAUUGACGGGGCCUGUUCCACAGUCUCUUGCAAAUCUUAAUUCACUCACACUCUUGGAUUGCUCGAGCAACUCUCUAUCUGGGACAAUUAAGCUGGAUCAUGGUGCUUUUUUGAAUAUCACUUGUGCUAGUUUUCUAGACAAUCCAGAUUUGCAGUGUAGUGCCUCUUGAUGAACGCCGCGGAUCGAUGGCUUGUUAAUUUAUUACGUAGUACUAGUACAUUAUUACUUCUUGCUGGCGUAGGCUUAUCAUGAUCCUCUAAUGGGAGGACGGUUUAUCCGUUUAUUUAUAUAUUACGGCCCCUUAUUUAUAAUUACUUCAUACUCCGGUAUUUCAUAGCUAUAUAAAUUACUUGUGCACGCCAUUUCUGUUUGAUCAAAAUUGUAACAACGUAUACUCGUUAUAGUCUUUUUUUACAUUUCACUAAUAUUAUCAAAACUUAUAUUUACAGUCAAGUUUUAUGACUUUUAUC